GGAAAAGGCAUGGGCAAGGGGAAGGGAAAGAGCACAAGCCUGAUGCGGUGGGUGGAUCCCGCACUGAAGGUCUGGAUCGGCAACCUGGCUGAUAACACAUCUUGGAAGGAUCUGCAGACGCACAUGAACCAGGCUGGAGCGACGAAGUGGGUGGAAGUCUUCUCCGGCAGGGGCAAGGGUACAGGUGCAGCUGUCUACUCGACGGAAGAGGAGGUGGCCAAGGCGAUCGAGGAGCUGAACGGCAAGGAGUUCGGUGACCCACCGGUGGCCCUCGAGGUGGACGUGUGGGUGAAACAGGCCAGGGAGGACGGCGCCGCGGCCGAGCAGGGCGGCGCGGCCGAGCAGGGCGGCGCGCCCGCCGACGAGGGCGGCGCGGCCGAGGAGGAGGGCGCAGCGGCUGAGCCCGCCGCGGUGGAGGCGCCCGCGGAGUCGUGA